GUGGCCCGCUCUCCUGGACCUACAACAAGUAGUACAUUCCAGCGGGUCCACCCCCGCCUUCCCGAGUGCUCUUCUCGCGAUAGCUCGCCGGAGCCGUUUUGACAGGCAGUCGAGGUUGCAGCAGGCAGAGGGAGACUGUGACAGGAAGGUAAAGCAGGGAAGGCAGCAUGAUGGCGGACAGAGACAGCGGCAGUGACCACGGAGGGCCUACCUCGGGCCCUGGCUCGCUGCCGCCGGGUGCGAUGGGAGCCAUGUCCCGGCUACAGCACGACACCGAGGAGCUCGCCUCUAAACGGGUCGACAUCCAAAACAAGCGAUUCUACCUUGACGUCAAGCAGAAUGUGAAAGGACGCUUCCUAAAGAUAGCCGAGGUCGGCGCUGGGGGAAACAAGAGCCGCCUCACGCUCUCGAUGUCGGUGGCCGUGGAGUUCCGUGAUUAUCUCGGUGACUUUAUCGAGCAUUACGCCCAGCUGGGCCCGAGCAACCCCGACUUGGUGCAGGAUGAGCCCCGGCGGGCGCUCAAGAGCGAGUUCUUGGUGCGGGAGAAUCGGAAAUAUUACAUGGAUCUGAAGGAGAACCAAAGGGGGCGGUUCCUGAGGAUCCGGCAGACCGUUAAUCGGGGGCCGGGACUGGGAAGCUCGCAAGGCCAGACCAUCGCUCUGCCGGCACAGGGGCUCAUCGAGUUCCGUGACGCUUUGGCCAAACUCAUCGACGACUACGGCGUGGACGAGGAGCCGGCCGAGCUCCCGGAGGGCACCUCGCUCACGGUGGACAACAAGCGCUUCUUCUUCGACGUGGGCUCCAACAAGUACGGCGUGUUUAUGCGCGUCAGCGAGGUGAAGCCCACCUACCGGAACUCCAUCACGGUUCCGUGCAAAGUCUGGUCCAAAUUUGGCAACACCUUCUGUAAAUACGCCGAGGAGAUGCGGAAGAUCCAGGAGAGGAGUCGAGAGAAACGGGCCUCGGAACUGCUACCUGAGGGCCCGCACGGCGCAGAUGACGGCGACGACGACUGACUGACUGUGACUGACUGACUCACGGAGACGAGACGCGAAGCAAAACUGAGAACUCAUCGAAGAAAUGAGACUUAACAGUGUCAAGUGACAGGAAAGAGAGAUCUACGAGGGAAUCACCCCCCACCCCCCUUCCACGCACAUACACACACACACACUCGCACGCACGCACACAAGCGCCACAGACAAGGCAUAACCUGGGCUGUCUCCUCGCUCAUUUGACUGGAUGUCACCCACUUUAUCACCAUGUCACAGUAAGCGCUGCUAUCAAGGACUUUUAACUGUAACGUUUCAACUGUUUCUUACUUGAUUUCUGUGACGAUGAACAGUGUUUAUAUCUCUGUAAAAAGAUUUUGCACACGUCAAAAGCGAUUUGAAAAAAACAAGUAUCAAACCAUACUAAAGAUUUCACCGGAAAUGACAACACGUAAAAAUUUUACGUAAAAAUAACAGUCUACUCAUCAAAUACGUAUUUGAUAUCAGCACAAAGAGAAUAUUUAUUGACUAUAUCCCCAAUGUGUACUUUAAUAUAAUGGUACGCAGACUGAAUAUGGAAGCUCUCAACAGGUGUGUGACUGCGUGCUUGUAGGCUUGUUCUCUGAGCAGACGUGUGGUAAAGUAGGCUAGCCUUUAAUUUGACCUAAAAAUGCACAAUCUAAUUAAAACAUUAUUAUAAUGCUGAAAAAAUAAAGACUGCAGCUCUCAUGCACUUAAAAAAAUGGGAUAUGUCUAUCUACGUGCUGUCAUAAGGAUCCGACCCUCUUGCACCAUCUCGAUCGAAACAUCAGUGACAAAAGUGCUAACUUAGAUGUAAUAUUUAUGAUUUUGUGAAUCAGCUGUAAAAAGAAACAUCCUUAUUGAGAUACCCACGUUUUCUGUGGGGGAUUUUUUUUUUUUUGUUGAUGCUUUUAUCCUCCCGGGAAGGGGGGGGGGGGGCAGGCAAACGAACACUAAGGGUCCAUUUGGGUGUGUGCAAAGGUUAAAAUUAUAGGAGGGGAAAAGACACGCCUGCGCAGUGCAGGCAUCCUCUCUGACGUCAUUACAACCCGUGCCUUAUACACUCCACACGUUUACGUGUCCUCACGUGGAUGGUCUGUGACCUCGGUCCACUGUCAUUUAUGAGCGUUGUUACGCAGGCAGAUAUAUCCUCAAUACUGACCAGGGCUGCUGGAUCCACACCCCCUGUGGGUGCAUGGAUCAGCGGCGGUGACACUGAGAGUAAGGUGCUCUGCUGCUGAGAGUCAAGGGAGGCCUUGCGGGGUAGUGAGUGCCGUGGUUGCCUGCCGGCUGCGUGGUGACUUCUCACUCCUCGGAAUGCUUCGUAGCGACCUAAAUGUUCUUAAUAUUUUGUUGAUGGCUUUGCACACGGCACGAUGUUAAAGCAAGCGCGUUGACGGAGACAAAGAAUUCCACAGCGGCUCGACGAGACAUUUUGUCGGUGUGGAGCGGUGACAAAAGCUGUUUAAAGAACUCGGCGAUGCGUCCUUGCACCUUUUCUCAGUGUAGGGCGGAGGCAGUAUAUCUCAUUAUGGUGCUAUUGCCCCUCCACUGCUCCUUUGCUCACUUUACAUAUUUAUCAUAAGAUUCCCCUUGCUUUUCCUUAUAGUUCCUUGCAGCUUUGUCUUGUCCAAAAUCUUGUCAGGUUUCUCCCUCCUAGGCGGUGGCACAGCUACUUACAAGACUGGGACAUUUCUUGUUAGUGUGCAAUAUAACAUGCAUGCCAAUCAUGGCGUAGUGUCACGUGUAUGGACUUUCACAAGAUGAAAACAAUAAAUAGGUAUAUGCUCAUUCCAAAAGCAUGACAAUGUGCUUACUUAACAACGUGAUGUUUUGUUUUAUUGUUUUUUUUUUCUCCUCAGCUAGAAGUUCUAUAAAACUUGGAUCAGUGUGUUGGGUUUUCUGGCCCAGCAUGAAAAACCUUCCCUUUUUUUAUUCUGUGCCCCCCCCAUCCCACACACACACACAUCGUGGACAUGUCAGCCCCCGCACAUGCACGCACACAGCUUCCCCCCUACUGAGACCUCAUAUUGCAUUUGGAGUGUUUGGGAGGCCUCUACAGUAUUUCCAACAAGGCCUCCUCUCAUUAGAAUCCAGGAGUGUGCUUAGGGACUGAGCAUGACCCCUUUCUCACCGGGGACUGAUCACAGGACAUACAAAUUCCCAUUUUGUCCCAUGGUUUUACUGGAGUUAAGCUUUCGCGUCAGCAAGGAGCUAAAAGUCGACAGCUCGGGCCUGUUAUUUAAACAUUCUCAAAUCAUUUUGUAGAAAAUGAGAAGGUUUGUCUCUUGAAGUACUGCACUUUAAUGGCUCACCAACCCAUCAGAAAGGCUACCAAUGUUUCUCUUCAAAAUUCUGUCUUGAAUAGAAGUUUUUGGAUUGGAUUGGAUACAACAUUAUUAUCAAAUAAAGUUUAUUUCUCACAUUGGCGGAUGAUUCGGAAAAAACAAGUCUUCAAAACUUCAGGUCUUGAAUGGAAAACGCGAGUUUGACAGUCUGUUUGUGGUUGUUGGCAAUUGCAGUGAGCAUAAGGUUGUUUUUUGUUUUGUUUUCCAUGCAGCAGUAGUCAUUGUAGCCAACCCGAUUCAUUUUGCCUGUUGACAACAGUGUUUGCAAAUGUGUUGAUAUGUACAGCAUGUCAUUUGCAUUGGCCGUGCCCACAUAUCAAAAGCCUGCCUUUUUAAGACCCCCUUAAAAUCAACUGUUAGUCGACUGACACGACCACGCAUAUGCAUGAUAUCAGACGGCAGCCUUCCAUGACACGUGGUUCCGUUUGCCAAACUGGACAGCCAACACAUCUUCGACUUGGUGUUACCGUCCAGAUUUCAGUGUCUCUCAUUGGCCAUGCAGGGUUCUUGCAUAACCUCACAACCAAGAGCAGCCCCUGGUCACAUGACUCCACACAAACCAAACCCCGAGUCACUCAUUCAGCUCAUCUUCUCGUUGCGGGCAUACCCGACAGUCCAUAGCAGAGUGUAUAGGCUACAUUUGUAGCCAAUGCAACCUAUAGCCAACAGCCAAUAGACCGUUGUUGUUGUUGUUCUGAAGGAAAGUGGAUCCCAGAUUUUUCAAUGCGGAGUGGUGUCAAUGCACAAUGAACAUAUCCCAUGUCACCGUUUAGUCUGAAACCUGUUACCAUCCCUUGAGAUAUGUUGUACUUUUCGAUAAUGUUUUAUCUGUGAUGUGUGUGUGUGUGCGUGCGUGUGUGUGUGUACAUAUAUAUAGAAAAAAUAUAUAUAAAUAUAUGGUUUGUUAUACAUGAUGCGCCUCCUUUCAGAAAAUAUCAUGUAAAGAGGAAAAACAUAUUGCAUUUUUCUUUUGCUUUGUAUAUUUCUACUCACAGAAAGCAUUGAAUUAAAAUGGAUACCUACUUGCACUUUAGAUAUAUUAAGAAUAAGAAGGCAAAUCUGCAUAUUAUUUUUGAUAGGGAUCUGAUUCAAAGAAUAUAAAUUACAGGCUUUGUGACCGUUGCUGGACAGAGAUGUAUGGAGUUCUACUUAUUGAAGUAUAUUUUGUCUGUGUCAGAAAGUUUACUGAAGUAAAUUGCAUGAUAUAGUAGUGCUAUACACCAAUAUUGUUCUUUUUAUUUGUUUUAAGUUGGUAAAAAUUGUCUGAGAACUGUGAUAACGGCCCUCUUGUAUGUUAAAGCUCUCCUUGCCCUUUCUAGAGUAUUUCUUGAUGGCCUUUCCUAACUACAUGACGAUGGUGCUUAUACUUUUGACUUUGACAACGAGCUCAUCCUGUACAUCUCAACGUCAUCACGACUCGUGUCCUGAAUUGCGCUCCAUUCACCACGUUAUUCAAUUUCUGUUGAUGGCAAAAAAAGAAGAAAAAAAGAAAAGGUGUGCUGUUUUGUACAGUGCUGUUUAUUUUUAAAUGUUUGGGGGAGUCUUGUUGUCUGAAAAAUGAUUAAUCAUGCAAUAAAAGCUCAUUCCAUGUG